CCGGAGGCGCUCUCGAGGUUCGUGGGUGUUCUCAGCCCGGAGCUGGAGAGGCUUUGAGGCCGUUUAUCAUUGACAUUUUUUUCUCCACCGUAGUGAAACGAUCGACACGCGAGUGAAACGUAAAAAUGUUUCGUGAGGGAGUGCGCGUUACAUAUAUGUCGGCUUGAACGUGCCGUGUUUCUCGAACUCGAAAGAUGCUGCCAUGUAAAGCGACGACAGAGGAGGCGCCUUCGCGAAACUGUCAGGAAGAUCGUCGUCGUCGUACGUGAGUCAGUGCGCUCGGUCGAUUGAAAGAAGGCACGUACGUACAAAAUGGCUUCAGGCGACAAUGUGGACGUGAUCGAAGUGGUCGAGACAAGCUUCUCUGUCCCGGCACAGGCCACGGAGGAUCAUCUUAGGCCGGAACAGUACGCGGACGAGGACAGUAAAUCUACAGGGGAUAAGGUGACAACAUUUGAGAGUUCGGUAAAUCAACAUGGGACCACGGGGCCCAAGACCCCUGUGGGGGUGUCGAGGAACAAAUCGGAGCGAGAGAGAAAGAUCGGCCACAGGAGAGUUGGAGUGGGAGGUGAAAUCACGUACAAAAAGAUCCAAACGACACAAAUCAUGGGUUCCAUCCAGCUAGGCAUCCAGCAUGCAGUCGGUGGUUUGGCUAGUAAACCAGAGCGUGAUUUACUGAUGCAAGAUUUCAUGACUGUAGAAACGACGAACUUCCCGAGCGAGGGAUCCAAUCACACUCCAGCUCAUCAUUUUUCGGAGUUUAAGUUCAAAAAUUACGCACCUAUUGCAUUUCGUUACUUCCGGGAUCUGUUUGGCAUUCAACCGGAUGACUUUUUGAUGUCGAUGUGUAGCGCUCCGUUACGCGAAUUAUCAAACCCCGGCGCUAGUGGAAGUAUCUUUUACCUAACGGAUGAUGACGAGUUCAUCAUAAAGACUGUACAACACAAAGAAGGAGAAUUUUUACAAACGCUUCUUCCAGGAUAUUAUAUGAAUCUAAAUCAAAAUCCAAGGACAUUAUUGCCAAAGUUCUUCGGAUUAUAUUGCUAUCGAUGUAAUAGUAAAAAUGUUAGAUUAGUCGCUAUGAAUAAUCUUCUGCCCUCGUCGGUGAAAUUGCAUCAAAAGUAUGACUUAAAAGGAUCAACAUACAAAAGAAAGGCAUCGAAAUCAGAAAGAUCUAAAUCUUCUCCAACAUACAAAGAUUUAGAUUUCAUGGAACACCAUCCAGAAGGGAUUUUUUUGGAAGCCGAUACGUAUAGUGCCCUAGUUAAAACUAUUCAAAGAGAUUGUCGGGUGUUGGAAAGCUUUAAAAUCAUGGAUUACUCUCUACUCGUUGGUCUUCAUAACCUCGACCAGGCUGCAAGAGAAAAAGCGCAGGAGCAGAGAUUAUCAGCGAGUGCGGAGGAAGAAGUCGGCGAAGUGGGAGGUGAGAGUACAGCACUUACUCAAGCAGAAAAAGAACGGGAACGAGAGGACAGAAUAGGAGCCAGCGCUCUGAACCGAUCACGAAGCAUAAAUCGACAAAGGUUGGUUGCGCACAGUACCGCUAUGGAGAGUAUUCAGGCUGAAAGCGAGCCGAUAGACGAGGAGGACGAUGUACCCAGUCCAGGUGGAAUUCCUGCUCGUAAUGCCCGCGGCGAACGCCUUCUACUUUUUCUUGGUAUUAUUGAUAUUUUGCAAAGUUACAGGCUUAAGAAAAAAUUAGAACAUACUUGGAAGUCAAUGAUACACGAUGGUGAUACUGUGUCUGUACAUCGGCCAGGUUUUUACGCGCAACGUUUCCAAGAUUUCAUGGCGAAGACAGUAUUCAAGAAAAUACCAUCACUGGACCUGCCUGAGAUUAAGGGGAAUCAUCGCAAAUUCCGUAACCUCGUCACCAGCUACAUAGUCUUUGCUCAAACGUUGAAACAUUCCCCAUCGAAGAGAAAAAGCAUAACCAGGCCUCUCAGGCCCUUGGACGGUGACUUCGAUUCAACCGCGGUGCCGACAACCGGAACUUCGACAAUGCAUGCUACGUCACCCACGAAGGCUGUAACCCCGACAGACGCUGCGAUCAGCACGACCAGCACGGUGAUGUCAACCGGUUCCGCGCCAAUCGCCACCUCCACCCCCGUGAACUUCGCCGCGGGCCCGGUGAGUCCGCCUCCGUUGACCUUGGCCGCGGGUCCAGGCCUUUCUCAUCACGAGCCACCGGUGACGACCUCAGCGGCCAAGGUCACGAGCUACCCAGCCGUCCUGAAGGGCAGGACCGCCGCCAGUCCACCGAAUCCGAAUCUGGUACCCUCCGGCAAGAUUCCACCCCCUGUUCCUCCAAGAGGUACCGGUCAAUCGAGGACCACGAGGUCCUCUGAGGAGCACCGUGGCCCUGCAACAGCCACCUCCACGUCCUCGACAUCCAGCCGAGGUGGCACCCUUCCUUCCACUUGUUCCACCCCGCCCCCGCCCUUUGACGAUGCAGUGCGCUCAAAUGACCAGACCUUGGCUUCUGGUGGUCAACUUCAACAGGGUGCACCGACCACGAUAUUAGCGAGCAGUCUAAGCAGUGCUCACUCCAAGCAGAACAAGGUUGUGCACCAUGUCACUCUCACAAAGACUUAUCACGAUGCCGUGAGCAUAUCCGACGUACACUUGGAAAGCAGCGGUAGCGGAAGCGGAAGCGGCGGAAGGGAAACGAAAUCUUCGUUGAGCGUAGAAAGCGGUGGUAGUAGUCGAGGAGGUGGGGGUCUGACCUGGACACCACCCGCUGGCAGCGCCGAGGGCUCUACGCCCACCUGGACAGAGGGCACGCCGUCCUUUACCGAGAGUUCCAGCAGCGGUGACGCAGGUUGUCCGACCACACCGAUCAGGGGCAGCCAGCGUCACGAUGACGGAGGGAGAAUCGCUGCCACCGUCGAGGAGGCGCUAGCCAGUCUUACUACAGAAAUGAAAGAAACGAACAACACGAGGAAUUUUGUGGAACAGAGAAGGUCCCUUUCGAAGUACAGUCAAGUGAGAACGAGUUUGAAACGUGCCAGCGCGAACCAUGUGUCGAUCAUGAGGAACGUGCAAAAUGUGUUAAGAGUUCAACGCCGGGAGCCAUAAGGAUCCAAAGAAGCGGGACUAUAAGAUAAAUUGAAGUUUUUUUUAGAAAUAUAAUCCAACAAGGAUCGCGUAUAAACUGUGUGUAGAGAGAUAAAUGGAAAGAUUUAAGAAACCAAGAAGCAACUCAGAUUUUAUGGUCGUCGAAAUCUGUGAUCAUACGAAGACGUCUAAUAACUUCUUCCUUUCAUAUACAUCGUUAAAUUAACGAUAUUUUUAACUCGUUUUUAUUACCGCAUACUCGAUCAUUUUUUUAACAUUGUCGAAUUGUAGAUAAUUAGGGAGAAACUAUGCCUGUUUAACCGGUUUGUACGAUAGUCAGGCAUAACUACGAUCUUAAUCCUCUCGUGACUAUAAAUCAGCCUUGCGUCUAAGUGUCUACUUAACUAACUGCAUAAGAUUUCGUUCUUUUUUUCCUUUUUCGUUGCAUCAACGUCAUCGCGUCGUAUGUUUUUUGAUAAUCGUGUAAACGAAUGAAAAGAGAAAAGUAAAAAAAAAAAAAAAGAAAAAAAGAAAAAGAGAGAAGUCUCGCGUUAAGGGAAUUAUUAUCGAAGCAAUAUACCGCAUAUCGCGAUCGAAGAGAUGAAAACGGAAAACAAUCAAAUUGCUCGCCUUUAUAACGUGGUUGCGAGCGUGCGGAGGAAAUGGCAGGAUAAAAUGACGAUUUUAUGGAGUGGCUCGUUUCGCGAUCAUUCGCAAACAUUCUUCCACUUCGUGCUUCUUCUUUCAACUUCUCGAGACUUUAUGUCCUUGUGAUUCAAGUUGUCUAGUAAAUGUUGAAAUUUGAUAAUGCUUCGAAGAUGACAAAAUACGAAAUAAUCUCGAGAAAUUGAUUUUGGAAAAGAAGUUGAAAAGCUGCCGUCGAAUUUUCCAACACCUAUUGCAUGUUAAUUGAUAUUUUUAGAAAUAUACUUUCCUCGGUAUUCGUUAGAUUCUUUUGCAGUUGUGUACAAAAUUACAUAAGCUUUCGAUGGAAUGUGAUUUAUUCGCGUUAAUAUUUACUUCGACUUUAUUAUCUGAAAGCCGGUCCUCUUUGUAAAAUUCGAGGGGAAUUUUCGAAAGAUAUAGUUUCCAGUAGAUUUACGUAGAGAAAUCGUGAAACCAAACGUGCCAUUGAAAAUGUUCAAUUGCGUAGAGAGAAAAAUGCGUGCACGAGUGAGGUUGCAAGAGCAAUUAAAAGCGAUUGCAGUCGCUGGAAUAAUUAACCCUUUAACCUAGCAAUAUAUGUUAAUAAAACGACUAGCGUUUAAGGCAUUAAUCGAAACGCGUUGAUAUCUAAAUAAGCUUAAUAUUAAUUUUCACAUUUUAUUACUACACAUUGCCAUCUUUUACUGUGUCUGUAACAAUUCCUGUCUUCAAAUUUAAUUGCCUGGUUAAAGAGUUAAAACGUUAAAGAGUGUAAACAACAGUUAUGGAUCGGUUGCACUCACGCCAUGUAUUUCAAGCUAUACAUUCGUAACAUUCUAAUUUAAAAGUGCCUGCUACUAUCUUUAAUUAUUCAUAAGGAAGCAAUAUUUUUUUCCCCAUUUUAAUUGCACGAUAAAAAGGAAAAAAAAGUGGAAGACCAACUUUCCUAGAGAUAUUUUAGAAAGCCGGUCCAUUUCUGUCCCAUUGAAGAAAAUAAGGAGACGUGAAAAUAUACGUAUUAAUCAUACGUAAAAGGUAAAUGUAUCAAUAUUAUACAUAAGUACGUUGAAACAAUACGAAAAGAUUCAGAUGCAUAAUGCGAGCAAUUGUGCCGUUGCGAAACAAAUUGUCACUUAACCGAGAUAUUUCGGCAAUACAUACUAUUACGAUUAUGAUCAUUACCAUUAUGAUUAUUACUAUCACCAUGAUUAUUGAUAUUAUUUAAAUAAAGCAGUUACUAUUAUUCUUAUGACUGUUUCUGUUAUCGUUUCGUUAUCGCGAUUUGAAAUACGCGCGUUUUCGUACGUCGGGGGUAACUUCUCCUUUCGAUUAGAUAUUUUCGUCGUUCGAUUUCUAAUUAAAUAUACAGUGGCUGGCGAAAGUAAUAUCUGAACAUUUACAGAUUAUAUACAUUUAUGAAUAUAUUAUGUGUACUAUACAAUCCAUUUUGAAAUUUUAUUGGCACUGUAGUGCCAUGUGACUAUCGUUAAUCGUAUCAAAAAAUUUUCAAACGAAACUGAGAACGUAUAUAGAAGUUUCAAAUCGAAUGCAAGUAUAUGUUUCGCAGAAAUAGCAAAAAUAUUUAAACGUUCUAAUAAACGUUGUUAAUAAACCUUAAUAUUUUCAGUAAUGUUAAUAUGCUGGUACACGAAUUUUCUACUAAAUAUAUGUUUGCAUUAAACGUCUCGCAAUUUCUAUAUAUAUUUUCAAAUUUAUUCGACAUUUUACCAAUAUAAACAUGACAAUCUAAUUUCAAAAUGUUUUGUAUAACACAGAUAAUAUAUCGAUGAGAAUUGUAUUAUUUUACGUAUUCAAAUAUUAUGAGUCACUGUGUAUGUUAUAUAUACAUAUAUGUAUGACAUAUACGUGUGUGUACCCCUGUGGGCAAAGAUCGAUCGAUCGUUUACGUAAACCCACCCUCGGCGCACUUUAUUUUCACUUUCUUUUCACCCUUUUUUUACCGAAAUAUUUUCUUAUCCUGGUUUCUUUUAUUUGCACCCGUUUCAGACCCACCUGUAGUCAAGCAAAAAACGAAGAUAGUUAUAGAAAAAAAGUCAAAUGAAAAAACACAUAAAAAAGAGAAAAUACAAAUUUGUAUGUACGAGAGAGAGAGAAAGAGAGAAUUGACUGCGGAGCCUGUGAAUCCUCGCUGUCGGCGCAUUUAGAAACCCUCCCCCUCCGGAAUUAGCUUGAAAAUGCAUUAGGACGUUGAUGUAAGUUCAACAGAAAGCAGGCAUAUAAGUGUGCGCAUUUUAAACUGUAUUUAUAGAGUGUGCCGAAAAUAUCCGACCACGGAAGCGACCUUUAUUCGUCCGUGUCGUGAUACACACGACGGAUUUUUCAAUGAAGAAAAAAUGAAAGGUAGAUUUUUGUAAUUGUAUUUUUCAUUAUACCAUUGAUUUCGUCAUGCUACCCUUCACUAUUUUUGUGAUAUCUAGUUGCAGAAUUUUUAUACGCUUCUGAGAAAUUGAAGGAUGCAAAAGUGCACGAAAUGUAUAUAAAUUGCAAAAAUGCAUAUAAACUUCAAAUAUGAGAAAUCUAAAAUUCGAUAUUUAGGUAAUAUUUGUUUACAUUUGUCUAUAGAAAUACAAAUUUGCAUAAAUGUCAGCAAUCUGUUACUUGUCUAUUUUUUUAAUCGUCCCUUUUAUUGUUAUAAUCUUUUUUUAUUGAAAACAACAUAACAAAAGGAUAAUUUCGGAACACUUUAUACUAGCAACUAAGAAAGAGAUCGAUUCGAGACGUGAUUUUCUUUCUUCAACGUUCUCUUAAAUCGUCUCAGAUUUUGCCACUUUUCUCGGAAAAGAUCGAAUAAACUGAUGGCAAAGGAAAUAAAGCAAACGUCUCAAAUCGAUGAUAGACAAUUUAGUUAUUUAUUUUUCUAUUGUUUUACUGCUAUGUACCGCCAGGAAGUUGCAGUUUCCUUAACAGGACUCUCGUCCUGGCUCAAAUGUACAAUGUACACAGAACGCUGGAUAAACGCAUCUUAAAUCCUCUUUCGGAAAGACUGUGUGCGUUUGUUUCCUCCGUUAAUUUCUCUUCCUUUUUCUGUCUAUUUUUGUUUCUAGUUCGUCGUUUUUCUCGACUACCGUCGAUACCGCGUGAUAUUUUGAUUUCGCGUAGCCAGAUGUUAAAUCGUCGCAGAUUUCUAGUGUGUCAAAACGCGAUGACAAAUUUUGUAAAUUUUAUCCCCGUUCGAAACAACAGCUGGAGAAUUUAUUGAGAAUUGCACGACUACACGUGUACAGCGUAUACUUUGUACAUUUAGAGAAUUAAUAUAUUAUUAUCCCUGUACACUACCGUUAGUUCGUGAGUUUAAAAGUCUGUUCCCCAGUCUUUAAUCGUCCAAUUGAAGAUAUAUACCUUAAAACGUUGCACGGUAUUCUUACAAACGAUCAAUCUUCGAUUUACAAUCUAUCAAUUAAAUUAAUUAAUGAGGUAUGAGUGUUACAUCAAUCAAGCAGGAUCAACAAUUUUAAUCUUUUCAUUGAGGAAUUCUUAAGUGUUUAAUUCGUUCUCUAAUUAAACGUUUCUCUAAGAAAUCUCUCACACAUACACGCAUCACGAAGUAAGAAAUACUUCCAAACAAUUUAAUUCCUUUAAAUUGCGGUCGCCAUUCCAAACGGCGCGACUCAAGCAUGACCGUUUUCGUGGAAAGAAAAGUUUUGGAAAAUCGCAGAUUCCGUCUCGGUUCGCUGGAAGUUAAGCGCUAGAUGUUAGCUUGCAAUAUCAAGACUAUUUCCAUGGAGAACAGACGGAAUCGCUGGCGUCGACUAUGCAUUAGGAACUCGGUGCACUUGAAUAUCCUUUCAAGUGGUUCUCGCGACGUUCCUCCUGAAGAAAAGAAAAAAAUCGCGUUGUCACUGCUGUAUAUAUUUACUAGAGGGUAUUGCUUGUAUCUUGUAUGUAUGAAAACAGGUAUCUACUCGUAUGUUUGUAUAUUAUAAAUAUGUACCUACACAGAUAUACAUUAACAUACAUAUAUAUAUAUACACAGACACAGAUACACAUUGACAUAUAUACAUACAUACCCGAGUUACACACUAAUAUACAUAUAUAUAUACAUAUACAUAAACACACGGUCGAUUAUCAUGUACAUCGAUGCAUUUAUUAUGGCGCGUGCGACCGUGUGCACACACUUGCAUUUUCCUCAAGAGUCACAAUCUUGAUACCUCAUUUUGAUUGUACACGGCCGAUCGCAGCGAUAAUGUACGAUAUAAGGGUGAAUAAAUUAUUGUUGCGUUCUAUUUAUUUAUCGAAGGACGAUGGUCCUUCCAUCGUAAAAAGUUCCGAGUCGCACGUAGGAAGAUUUCGUUCGAUUCUCGAGGGAGAUCUUCCUUUGGCAAUAAUUGUUGUAACAAUAAAGUUUGCGAUGAAAAUUA